CUGCAGCUCUCACCUGCAGCAGGGGGUGGCGCGCUUAUAGCGAGGUGGAGGAAAGGGAUUGCGCGCUCCCGUCUGUGACCACGCUGCCCGGUUACAGCGCGGCGCGCCCCUAAAAUCCGCACGCGUUAAGAGGCGGGUCGAGAUUUUUAUUAUAGCCUCAGUGGCUUUCCUCAUCCGACCGGAGAUUUCCCGUUAAACUCAGACAACAACCGGCUUCCGGACUGAGUGACGUUGAUAUAAAAUUCGAUUAUUAUUGGAAUCGUCUGGAAUAUUUUCUCUUUGAAUGGCUGCAGGUGCCUGGCUUUGUUUUACGUUACGCGUUUUAUAGAAUAAUCGUCGGCUUUUGUGUUAAUGUAAAUGAUGCUGGCGCGCCCUGUCUGUCCAGUAAACGCGCAGCGGAGAGAGCGGAGCGCCCGCUCGGGGUGAUACAGUAGCAGAUUUUAUACUGAUCGACGCGUCACUCAUCAUACAAGAAUAAAGGAGCCGUGCGCUCCAAAGCCGGUAACCGGGCAGAAAACAUGUCUCUCAGCAGAACCAUCGAGCUCGAGCACUUUGACGAACGGGACAAGGUGCACCGCUCCAAACGGGCUUCGGGUUCAGGAGGUUCGGGCUCUCAGCAGGGUUCCCGGGCGAGCAGUCUGGUACCGAGUCCGGCGCACAGCGCUAACUGCAGCUUCUACCGGACGCGCACGCUUCAAGCGCUCAGCUCCGAGAAACGUGCCAAGAAGGUGCGCUUCUACCGGAACGGAGAUCGGUACUUCAAGGGUCUGGUGUACGCGGUAUCGCAAGACCGGUUCCGUUCACUGGACGCGCUCCACGCGGAGCUGACGCGCUCGCUCACGGAUAACCUGCACCUGCCGCAAGGUGUGCGCAACAUCUAUACCUUGGACGGCGCGAGGAAGAUCACGAGCCUGGAUGAGCUUGUGGAAGGUGGGAGUUACGUUUGUGCCUCGAAUGAACCCUACAGGAAGGUGGACUACACUAAAAAUGUCAACCCGAACUGGGGCUCUCGGAUGGCGGGGACGGGGCUGGGGUCCGGAGCCCCGCGUCAGGGGGUCCAGCGCCUGGAUGGGGAAACAAGAGAGAGUAAAGACUUCAUCAAACCCAAACUGGUGACGGUGAUCCGUAGCGGAGUGAAGCCUCGGAAGGCCGUAAGGAUUCUGCUGAACAAGAAGACGGCGCACUCGUUCGAUCAGGUGCUCGCUGACAUCACAGAGGCAAUUAAACUGGACUCAGGUGUGGUGAAGAGACUUUACACCCUGGAUGGGAAACAGUUGACCAGUCUACAGGAUUUCUUCGGUGAUGAUGAUGUGUUUAUGGCGUGCGGUUUGGAGAAAUUCCGUUACGCUCAGGACGACGCUGCCAUUGGACACGCUGGAAAGGGGGCGGCGGCCGCAUUUGUUAAUGAAUGUAAGAAGGCCAAACCUCCAGUCCCUCCGAAAACAUGUGGAGCCAAAAGCCCUGGAGCACCAAGAUCCAAAUCACCUGUAUCUGCCAAUGAGGAUCCAAGGAGUCAAUCUCCACCUGUGAUGUCAUCAAAGCCCCCGUGCAGCCCGGAAACCCAACGCAGUCGUAAUAGCUCUGUUCAUCAGGCGUCUCCCACCCAAGACCUCAAUGAAAAGGACGACAUUAGUCCAGAGGUGAAUGGUAAUGAAGUUCAGUCAUCUGUAAUCACAGCGAAAUAUAAAGUAGGAAAAGUGAUUGGAGAUGGAAACUUUGCUGUUGUCAGAGAGUGUGUGGAGAGGUCUUCAGGGCAGGAGUUUGCACUCAAGAUCAUAGACAAAGCAAAAUGCAGUGGCAAGGAGCAUCUGAUAGCCAAUGAGGUGGCAAUAUUACGCAGGGUUCGACACCCCAGCAUCAUUAUGCUAAUUGAAGAAUUGGACACGCCCACUGAGCUGUAUUUGGUCAUGGAGCUUGUUAAGGGUGGUGAUCUGUUUGAUGCCAUCACUUGCUCUACAAAAUACACAGAGCGAGACGCCAGCGCCAUGCUGUUCAAUUUGACCGGAGCGCUCCGAUAUCUGCACAGAAUGAACAUCGUCCACCGGGAUAUUAAACCUGAAAAUCUGCUGGUCUGUGAAUACCCAGAUGGCACAAAGUCUCUAAAGUUGGGUGAUUUUGGUUUGGCUACAGUCGUUGAAGGGCCGCUGUAUACGGUCUGUGGAACGCCGACUUACGUCGCUCCUGAAAUCAUCGCUGAGUCGGGGUACGGGUUGAAGGUGGACAUCUGGGCGGCGGGUGUGAUCACAUACAUACUGCUGUGCGGUUUUCCUCCGUUCCGCAGCGAGAAGAAUCAACAGGAAGAGUUGUUUGAACAGAUCUUACUGGGAAAACUGGAGUUUCCUUCACCGUACUGGGACAACAUCGGCGCUUCUGCUAAGGAUUUAAUUGGUAAGAUGCUGCAGGUGAAUGUUGGUGUGCGUUACACAGCCGAUGAGGUGCUGUCACACCCGUGGGUGCAGGUCAGGGAACCCUUAAUGGAUAGAGAGGAGGAGCAGGGACCCCCGGAUGAGGCUUUGAUGGACUCCAACACACCAUGUGACACAGAAGAUGCUGAAAUCACACACAACAACACGGCAGAAGAGGCAGAUCUGUUACAGGUGGAUCAUCUCCAUGGUAACGUAGACUGGUGAAUCUGUGGACAUGCAGCAGAUGAAAAGCCCCUCACCAACACCCAGACCAGACCAGACCUGACCUGUACCACUUCAUCCAGUUCAUACAUAAAUCGUCUGAACAAACCCAUGAACAUCUUGCAUGUGAAUCAUCUCACAUCAUAAGAAAACGCUCAUAGACUGAUAAUGAAAGAGGGACCUGAGUCACAUCUACAGACCAGAAUAUCAAAGAGAGAGAUGAAGUGGGGCUCUUUACACCAGAAAGCCCAGGAGCAACCUAGCAACGCCCUAGCAACCAUCUACAACAUCCUGAUGACUCCAUAGACACAAGUGAGGAACUGCAUAGCAACACCCUGGCAACCAGCACCAUCUUUUACUGUGUU